CUUUGCGAAUAUACGAACUUACGAAGGAGCAAGAUUACGGAUGUCGCGUUCUUCCGUGCUUCUCCAAAAUUUGUCUUUAACAUUUUAACCCGUUCAAUAAUUUUACCAAAUUACUCCUAAAACCAGUGAUACAAUUUCUUUCGCCAUGUUUCAAUUGUGAGUGUGCUGCUGGAAGGGCUAGGAGAAGUGAAAUCCAACGAGAACUCGGACGUGAGAGCGGCAAGGUCCAUGCACCGGUCUCAAUUAAUUUGAGCGUGCUACACGGUCGACCUCGAAAUCCUCACUGGUCCAUCAUUUACGCUGAUUUCAUGGUUUAGCGCGUGAAAAUAGGAUUCCCUCCAAAACGUCAACAUGCCACUUUUACGUAAAAAGCCAUUUGAGCGCAUCAAACCUCCGAAAGAUUUGAGACCCGACGAAGAUGUUUUCCAUUGUCAACUUACUGGAGAAGUCUUCAGGGAUUAUGAGAAAUUCUACGAGAGAACCAUCCUAUGCAAUUCGCUUGUAUGGUCGUGCUCCCUAACCGGCAAGCCCAAUUUAACAUUUGGAGAAGCACAGCAAUCUGAGCAGGCUGCAUUGCAGUCAAUAAAAGGCUUUGGGAAAGAGCUUCACAAGCCUGUGCUCCUGCUAGCCAAAAUGACCCAUCGUUCUAGUUUCAUAGACAUGACUGAAGAUAUUUUUGCAUUUGUCAAGGACAGGUACUUUGUUGGCGAAAACCUUGAAGUGAACACGGGAAGUGAUAGUGUUCCAUGCACGAUACUCAAGGUCAUUCCACCUGAUAGAACCUCGCCUUCAAAGUCUCCUGAUAAGAGUGCAUCCAAAAUUGUUGGAAACCUUCCCGAUGCCGCUCUCUAUCGGUAUGAAAUUACAGCACCAAAGGUUUGGCCAAGGAAAAUAGUGUCUGCAACUGAAUUGAAGCGACCUAAAAGCUUGUUCACAAGAGAGAAAAACAAGCUGUUCCUGAAGCAAAACACUGAGAGUGGAUCUCGAACGAUACGAGUGAAGGAAGCAGCAGUCGCGAAAUAUGAUCUUGAUACUGCAAACUUCUCUGAUUACUUUGCUGGACCAUUACCUGAAUUUCCCAAACCAAAGAGACUGUCCAAACUCAUAGCUGAUGAGGACUUAACCCCUGAAGAAAGGGAAAAGAGGGUUAGAGCUGAAAAGAGAAAGGAAAAGAGACGCCUUGCCAAGGAAGGAGCGGAGGAGAUGAAGAGGAAAUUAUCAGAAGGGCGAUCCCCUCUGAAAAAUGGAAAUUCCCCAUCAAAAUCUGCAAAGCCAGUUGGUCGGCCCAAGGGAAGUGGCAAAAAGGAGGGCGUCAAAAAACUUACUGCUGAACAAAUGAAACAGAAGUUGAUUGAGGAUGCGAAGCGUGAGAAGGAACAAGAAAAACAGACCAAAAAGGAAGAGCGAAGCAAAGCUAGAGAAAAGGCCAGGGAAGAAAAAAGGCAACUUGAUGAAUUUUACAAAGAGUGGAAUAAACCCAAAGAUGAUCUCAUGUGCGAAGAUCUUAAGGAGAUGCCUGAACCCUGUGCAGUGCAGUGUCGCAUUCCAAACAGCUUGUUUGGCGAAUUCAUGGCUAUCCUUGAGUUCUUGCAUGGAUUCAAGGAGGAGCUCCGGGUAAAAGAUUUCUUCCCUCAGGGCAUGAGCUUUGAGGUGCUUGAAAGGGCGUUGGUUGAGCAAGAGAUCGCUGGUCCACUCAGUGAAUUGUUGCAUCUCUUGUUAAAUGCCAUUUUCACUAUGCAGGAGGAUGAGGAGGAGGAAGUGCAAGCUGCCGAGGCCGAUGCGAUCGUUGACACUGGAAACUGCUUGAACUCAGAAGAAGCAGCAAAAUUGGCAGUUGUUGCUGCGAAUUGGAGUCAAACAUUCCAAGGGUGCCCCAUCACAAAGCUAAAUCUUGACCAAUCAACCCUCACCGAAAUCCUCAGACUGCAUUUAUUAGGGUCUGGAAGCCGAGCAAUUGAAAGCUACACCAGUUGGAGGGGUUAUUUGAUAUGUGACGACCCAGGUCUAUCAUUCCGAGUGAAUGAACCUCAGAUUUUGAAAGCUCUGACCAAAAAAUCUGUCAUUGAUCUGUCAAUUGGGGAAAAGCUGAAAGUUUUGACCUGUCUGAUGCAUCAAGUGCUACAGUUUGGAAGCAUCCGCGAGACUAUCAACGAAAGAAAUGAAAAGCUGAAGCAAGCUAAAAAUGAUUUGCGAACAGUUCAACUUGCAGAGAAGAAGCGUGAAAUGGAAGAGGCAAUUAAGAACCGAGCGGACAAGCAGAAACUAAAGGAGGGAGAUGUCGCACCUGUAGAUCAAGAGAAACUAGAAGCAGAGAAGGUGAAAAGGGAGAAAGAAAACAGCAGAAAACAUGCAGAAUUCCAAGCCAAGGAACAAAAGAUGUUGGAAGUUGUCCAGUCCUUGCAGUGGGGCGUGUCAGCUGUGAACCUUGGAACUGACAGGGCUCACCGCCGCUACUGGCUUUUCCAGUCACUUAAUGGUCUAUUCAUAGAGAAUGAUGUUGAAAACAUUGGAUCUUGCUUGGAGCAAGCGACCCCUAGCCCAAAAAUUCCGCUCUGUGAGGAUUCUCUGAAAUACGUCCGACACUUGUAUGAACUUAAACAACAUACCCAUAAAGAGGAAAUCAACUGUGGGUCUAGCGACAAGGAGAAUGAACGAUCACCGCACCCUGCAGGGAAAAACAAAAAGCACAAGAAGCCAGAGGAUGAAGAGGAUGAUGUUAUCGAGCCAAGCAAGACGUUCAAGUGCACCAGCGAGCAGGACUCGUGUCCGGUGCACUCCACUGUUUUGCCGCGAAUUAAAUGGAGCUACUACAACCGUCCUAAUGAGCUGGACGCUCUUGUCAAGAGUCUCAACCUCAGAGGCAUCAGAGAAAUUGAAUUGAGGCAGUCACUUCUGUUGAACAGGAACCGCAUUGAGCAGACGAUGGCCAGGUGUCCUGCUAACAUACUGGGCAGGCCGGACGAUGUUGUACUGGCUGAAGUCGACCCACCCCGGAAGUCCUCUCGCGUUGCGGGUGGUUCCGCAAGUAAAAACAAGGAAGAUUCGAACUUAAACUUCCCCAAGGGAACUCCAAUGACCACAAUCAUGGAGGCCACCUUGAGGGACGUGAUCAUUGACAUGGAAGAAAAGAUUCACUUAGGUGGGCUUGGAACACUGAAGGUGUCUGAACGCGAAAAAUGGAGAGACAGUAUCAUCAAUGGUGGAUAUGAUCAACUCUGCAGCAAACUCUCUUGGGGUGGAAAGAACAAUUUAAUGAAGGGCUCACCUACAUCGGAACGUGUUAGCAAAAUAAAGAUGGAGGAAAGGAGUAGACCUGGAACUCCAGAUAGUGUUGAAUCUGGCUCAGUGUGCCAGGAAUCUGCCGCCAACGAAGGAGAAACGUGCGGAGAUGACUUGAAAAAAGUCCACGCGCUGGCCAGUGCUAUCCUGCAAAUUGAGCAAGCUGUAGAGACCAAGUACCUGCAGAAACCACUCGGGGAGGACGAAAAGGAGAAACAGAAACGGCUGAAAAAAUUGCAGGCCAAAAAGGCAACUGAUGAAGAAGAGGAAGAAGAUGAACCCAAAGAGGAGGUACCUAAGGUUGAUAUGCCUUCUCAAAUUGAAAGAUGGGAGAUUUCCUUGAUGGCCAGUACCAGUUUCUCGCAGUUGUUUUUGCAUUUCUCUUCUCUUGAAAACAGCAUCCUUUGGUCCAAAUCUGCUCUGAACGCUCGCUGCAGAAUUUGCCGUCGCAAGGGCGAUGGAGAGAACAUGCUCCUGUGUGACGGUUGCGAUAAAGGACACCACUUGUAUUGCCUCAAACCACCUCUGCCGUUUGUGCCUAGUGGAGAAUGGUUCUGUCCCACAUGCAAGCCAAAAGAAAAGCCCCAGACACCCAGAAAGUAUAGAAACAUGGUUGAAGAGGUGCUGGAUUCAGAUGAGGAUGACGCUGAGGAGGAGCAAGAUUUGGAUGAAAUGGAAGUUGAGAGCGAGGGCGAAGAAGAAUCUCAGUGUGCGUCCUGUGGCGAGCAAGGAGACAUGGUCAAGUGCGAGGAUUGUCGUCAAGAAUAUCACCCUCAGUGUGCUAAUCCACAGCUCCGCUGUGUUCCUCGAGGGACUUGGAAAUGUCAGGAUUGCAGAGACGCUGCUACUAAAACCAAAUCAACUUCUCGGAAAAAGCGACAAGGUGCAGUGGUGUUCGCACAAAAGCCCCUCAACUCGAGAAGAUCUGCUAGGGAUGCAACAAACAAAAUUUCCAAAGCAGCCAAGAGACUUCGAUCCAGCUCUUGGGAUGAUUCAGACACGUCGAGGAAUGGCAGCAUUGCUGGUGAUGAGGUUGCCAGCGGCAGAGAGCAGCGCUCUCGCAGACGUCCAAGAUGGAUGGCCACUGAUCUGCCGGAAGAGGAGUGCAGAUUAAACGCACAGCUCUUGAGAGCAGUCUUAGAGGACCUGAUGGGGCACAGCGAGGCAUGGCCUUUCUUGCGUCCAGUUUCAAAGCAAGAGGCCCCUGACUACCACUCAAUCAUUAAGAAACCGAUGGAUUUGGGAACAAUGAAGUACAAACUGAACCAGAUGGAUUACCGCAACAACAGUGAAUUCCUUGCCGACGCUCACUUGAUUUUUGAUAACUGCGAGAUGUACAAUCAAGCUGAUGCCGAUGAAUACAAGGCUGGAACCACUCUGAAGAAGUUCUUUGAGCGGAAAUGCAACGAGUUGGCACUCAAGAUGGUCGAAGGCGACUUGGAACCUCCAAAUGCUAAGAAGUCUCGCAGAGCAAUUUAAAAGGGAAUCUCAAGAACAACACUGAUGUCGGCAAAGUAUAUUAAGCUAAUUAAGAUUAGGAAGAACAUCGUUGGUGUCCAACGCCUACAUUUGGAUGUAUUUUUGUAUUACUAGAUUUAACUUAUUUAUUUCAAGAUGCACAACCCAUCAGCUCUGCACUUGUUUGUCUUUCUAUACAUCGUAAAGCUCAAAAUUCUAAUAUUAAACCAUUAAUCCAUAAUACCAAUCAGGCAUUUCAAGACAGUAACUUAAUUAGUGUUAAGGUUGUGGACACGUGUACUAGACACUUGAUAGCUCAUUGAUUAUUACUUGAUGUCAUUCCUGUGCUUAUGUCAUGUCAUUAACGGUCAUCACAUGAGGUUGCUUUUGUAGGUUUCUACGCCUCAUUGUACUUUGACUAAUUAUAAGCAAGGUGUACGCAAACACAAUAAAUUCCCUUUUUAUAACUUA